AUGGAGGAGCGGGUGCCGCCCAAUGCGUGGAUCGCGUUGCAGGCAUUUGUGGAAGAUGGCAGCGUUGAGGCCGGGGCGUUUUUGCGCGACCUUCUUCGCCGGGCGGCUUUUACCGCGAAUAUAACUCGACGGAGUCUUCCGCCACUUUUCUUUAGGGAGGCAGUCAUGAAGUUUUACGAGGGGACCCUGUCAGCUUCCUCUCUGCUUCUCGUGACAAUUCUCAACCGUCUCUUCUGCAUGCAGUUUAUUCCAGACGCAAUGGCACGUCCUGUCAAUGACGAACGACCUUCCGACCUUGCCGACUUGCUGCAGUUUUACGUGGACUUUCUCGGCGCAGCCAAUCUCCCAGCGCCAGUGAUGGAGCAGACAUACUUGUGUGUGUCAUCGUUGCUUCUCCUACAGUCUAACUUAAGUGUGGUGGAAGCACUCUUGGCCGUCUUUGGAGGUGUCGUACCUGAGGUGGCGAGAGAAACCCGAAGUUUGAUGAAGUUGUUGUCAGGCAUGAUGAGCGUGUUAAGCGACCAUCGUGUUUCUAUCGGUCCUGUGCGUCGCUCGACCCAGCGGAUGCGCAUACAAAAUAACAUGCACCUUCUAUUGAUUUCCAUUAUUGAGGAAGAUGUGAGUGCGCAGGCGUCAAUCAUCACGCAGGGGGUGUCUUUCUUAAUGGAGGUAAGCGUACACGAGCCGCAGGAAAUCGCACCGUUAUUCUGGGCCCAGUUGCCUUCCUCAACGUUUUGGCGGUUGGCGUUGGAGCGGCUGCAUCAGGGGACAGCAAAGGAGGAUAUUCUUAGGGCCGUGUGUGCUGUGCUUCGAGCCAUCACGGUGCUCGACGCCAGUGCAGUUUCACUUCUUUUGUCGGCGCUUGAAGUUGUGUUGGACAGCCGUACACAUGCGCCCCUGUUGCACGUCUGCCGCAUUAUAACAUCUUCUCUGGAGUCUUCCGUAGAGGAGGUUGUGGUGCGGUUUGGUACCGAGCAUGUACUUUAUCAAGCUUUGGCGUCGGGUGCGCAGACUCUGAAACGUGCUUUAGAGCAACCGGAGGCGGUAGUGGCGUCAUCGUUGGAAGUCGGUUUGGCGCUGUGCGAGGGUCUCAGCGUCUUGUCGCAGGUGCUGAUGCUUCUUCCCGUGCCAGAAAUGGAAUUGACCGACGACCCGGAUGAUUAUGCGAUUUUCGUGGAAGGAAUCCAACGAAGAAACACGCAGAAGAAAGAGGCGUUCGGACGACUGGAGGGGUUUUUGAGGGGUUGCUUAGCGUCGUUGCUCGUAUGGCUUGGGCGCUUGACUGCUCAUGAUGUGAGGAGUAUUGCCGCGUACAUCAUCCAAAAUGACAACGAUGAGAUGGCUGUGUGGCACGAUGAACUUUCGGUGGCAUUGUUUACGACUUAUGAACGACUUUGCACUUUGCUUUCCCCUUCAGAAGAUAAAGAGAUACGGGCUCUAGCAGCAGUGGGCUGUUUAACUGUGGCUGCCUGGGAUGCUGAGCUUUCCUACAUCGCCUUGGUGCCAUACGGUGAUGCUGCGAUUCAGCAUCAGCAGCAACAACAUGCCCCACUCAUGCCGGUUGUUGUUUCUCGUCAUCAGAGAAAAUGGGGGCCUGAACAGAGGGAGUGUGUGGUUUCUUCACUGAUGGCACUUUUGCGGGUUGCAGUUAUGAUUUCAGGCGAUGUCGCAGCCGCUGCCGCCAUUGGCGAGUCCUUGCGUGAGCUAAAUGCUCCUUUUCUGCCAUGUAUAGCGGAAUAUCUUUGGCAAGGUCUUUAUUUGCCUUGUGGGGACGACAAGACGCCGCGGAGUGUGCUUGCGUCUUAUCUAUCGAACAUACUGGAGCAGGGUGACAUCUCACUCCCUACUGGGGCUUUUGAGGACUCGCAAAUGGACGAUUACUCAUUGGCUGAGCUGCGCUCUUGUGUGUUGAGGUCUCUGCAAGACGUUUUGCGUGUCAUGGAUUUGCUGCAGCGUAUGGAGCCUGAAAUUGUUCAGAGUCACCGUGUGGCUGAGCGGAUAACGAAAUGGGUGCAAAAAACCCUGGCCACAGGGUUACUAGAGAUUGAACUGUACACUCGGGCCUUGCAGCAGUGGUAUAUUGUAAAUCCCUUCCAUUUUUGUAUAACGUGGAGGCUGAUGCGUCCAUUGGAACCCACAUCAGCGGCUGGGCUCCUUGCAGAUGCAUUGGAAAGGUUUGUUUCUUGCAAAAAUGAAUCGGGAGACAUGAAUUGGCCUAUUGAGAGUGACUGUUUCUCCCCGUAUGUGUUGGAUACAAUAGCUCAGAGCCCGUACGCCCCACGGCUUUACCGUGUCCUUUAUUCUCUUAUCUCGAGUAACACAUAUAUGGGUGAUGGCAGCGCACAUUUCCGCCUGCGUGCGGUGGUUCGAGGCGGCAAUACACUUCUCCAGAGUCAGUACUGCAGCCCCACUCUCACGUUUGAGCUGUUCUAUGCGGCAUCAAAGGAGUACGUUAAAUUACGUCACGAGUUGUCGGCUGCGUCGUCGUGUUUGGGAACGGAUAAUGAUGAUGAUGAUGACGAUGGUGAUUUGCUGAGGGGUAUUUCGAUGCUUGGCAAAGUGGUGCGGAUGGACGGAGUGCGGAUUCCGUCGAAUGCUCCUGCGUGGUUACACGAAGUGCGAAAUGCCGUUGAUGAAUUUGAAAUUCAGGGAGUUUUUAAGGCCAUUUAA